AAAUAGAUUGGUUAUGUUACGUUUGUCAAACUUAUAAAAAAUCAAAAACCAUCAAGAACCAGCACCGAUCUACUUCACUCAAACAUGACCCUCCCGGAGAGCACCCAAGACGAGAAACUCCUGACGAACGGAUCCCCGAGCCCCCGCCCCCCGAAUCGCCCCAAAUCAGGUCUGAUGAAGCUGUCGAGCUACGUGCUGGCGCUGCGCCCCUGGUCCCUCAGUGCUAGCUUGAUGCCGACGUUGCUGGGGUCAACCAUCGCCUACAAGUACCCCGGCACCACCGACUUCAACUACGUGACUCUCCUCCUCACCGUCUUCACCGUGGUCUCGGUGCACGGAGCCGGCAAUGUGGUCAACACCUACUUCGACUACGUGAAAGGGAUCGACAACAGGAAAUCCGACGACAGGAUACUCGUAGACCACAUUUUGACCAAAGACGAGGUGGUUUCCUUGGGGGCUCUCCUGUACUUCGCGGGAUGCGUGGGCUUCAUCCUUCUGGCGGCGCUGUCCCCGGCCAAGAUGGAGCAUCUAGCGCUGGUGUACUUCGGGGGGCUGUCGUCGAGCUUUCUCUACACUGGAGGGAUCGGGUUUAAGUACAUAGCUUUAGGUGACGUACUGAUUUUGAUUUUGUUCGGACCCAUUUCGGUUUUGUUUGCGUUCAUGUCGCAGACGGGGCGAGUCGAGUGGGCGACGAUUUAUUACGCGAUCCCUCUGGCUUUGAACACUGAGGCGAUUUUGCACAGUAACAACACGAGGGAUUCGGAGUCGGACAAGAAAGUGGGAAUAGUGACUUUGGCGAUUAUUAUCGGGCACACUGCGUCGCAUGUUUUGUACGCGUUUUUGUUGUUCACACCGUAUAUCAUGUUCAUGGUAGCUUCUUUGAAAUACUCCAAAUGGUUCAUGCUGCCUUUGGUCACUCUUCCCGGGGCUUUCAAAAUCGAGAAACAGUUCAGAUCCAACGAUAUACACAGUGUUCCGAAAAAGACUGCCAAGUUGAAUUUGUUCUUCGGGGUUUUGUACGUUUUGGCAUGUAGUCUAGUUCCUUCGUUACCGUACGUUACUCAAAGAUAGAUGUACGAGGUUUUGUUAGUUGUGUUUAUUUGCGUUAAGUUAUUUUUUACUGUUUUGAGGAAUUGCGUUAAGUAUACGUAACAGUGGCGGUUACUUAAUUUGCUCAUUGGUUCGUUUAGUACUUAAGUAGCGGGGCGGUCAAACUUUCAGACUGACGUCACGGGGGAAAGUUUGACCGUCGCCGCUCGACAACAAAGACAAUGAAACCUAAUCAAGAAUAAUUGGCCGAUUGAGGUUGCUAGUUAAUUAUUCGGGACGAAUCUCAAGCGAAUAGCCAGUUAUCGUUUUAUAGCUAUUUAUAAAUAAAGUUACGGUGUAUUUUUAUAGCUAAUAAUUCUAAUUUAUUGUUGAUUUUGUAUGGAGAAGUUAUUGUGUACGAGAUUUUAUAGUAAACUAUUUCAUUUUGA